CCGGGCCGGAUGCAGUCUAGGCUCUAGUGCUCUUGGUCUGAGCUGGGCAGGGGGUAUCUUGCGACUGCGUUCAUGGCGUUCCCUGUCAAGGCAGUGAUUGUUCCCGGGAACGGAGGCGGGGAUGUAGCCACCCAAGGCUGGUACGGCUGGGUGAGAAAGAGGCUAGAGCAGAUUCCUGGUUUCCAGUGUUUGGCUAAAAACAUGCCUGACCCAAUCACAGCCCGAGAGAGCAUCUGGCUGCCCUUCAUGGAGACAGAGCUGCACUGUGAUGAGAAGACCAUCAUCAUAGGCCACAGCUCCGGGGCCAUUGCGGCUAUGAGGUAUGCAGAGACACAUCAGGUUUAUGGUCUUGUAUUGGUGUCUGCAUACACAUCAGACUUGGGAGAUGAAAACGAGCGUGCAAGUGGGUACUUUAGCCGCCCCUGGCAGUGGGAGAAGAUCAAGGCCAACUGCCCUCACAUUGUACAGUUUGGCUCCACUGAUGACCCCUUCCUUCCCUGGAAGGAACAAGCAGAAGUGGCAGAUAGGCUGAACGCCAAAUUGUACAAAUUCGACAACCGUGGUCACUUUCAGAACACAGAGUUUCAUGAACUGAUUAGUGUGGUGAAGUCUAUGCUAAAAGUGCCAGAAUAGUCAGGAUGACUCCUGCUUUGUAGCAUGCCAGAAUGGGGUAGAAUAGCAUCUAUUACCACACAGUACUAGGCAUGAAAUGUCCAGUUAAGCUACAGAAGUGCCUGGAAAACAAGCCUGUUUGAACAUACACUAGGUUACUAGCAUUUUCAGUCCCCAUAGAACUUAAAUCUUGAAAAGCCGUAACUACGGCAGUACAUUCCUACUUGAUGGGGGACAGAGUUUAGCCAUCCUGUUAAUCGAGAGCGUAAGUCAGAGGUAGAACCAGAAAUGGAGCUGUGUCCCUAUAAUCCCAGCACUUUUAGAGGAGAAAGCAAGGGACCAGGUGAAUGCCAGCCUGACCCUGCCUACCCUGCCUCAGAAAAGAAGCAGCAAGUAGACCCUGGCAUCCUGAAUCUCAUUCCAAAUUAUAAGUCAGUAACCUUUGCAAGGUGUGACCCACUCCUGUGACCCCAGGACUUGGAAAGCUGAAGGUGGAUUUUGAAUUUGAGGCCUCCCUAGGCUAAAUAUUUAGCAAAACUCUGUCUCAAAAGAAAAAAGAAAGAAAACCUAAACAGGUUUUCAUGCAAAGUGUAUGAGUGACACCUUUUCCUUUUUAAAAUAAAAAUUUUCUCCUACUGGGGGAAGAAAACAUGA